AUGGGAAUGGUGAACCUGGACGUGCAGCAGUUCGCUCCGGAGGAGAUCAGCGUGAAAACGGUGGAGAACUCGGUCGUGAUCGAGGGGAAGCACGAGGAGAAGCGAGACGAGCACGGAUUCAUCUCUCGCCAUUUCCAGCGACGAUACCUCCUUCCAGAUAAUGUCCGGCCGGAGAGCAUCCAGUCCUCCCUCUCCUCCGAUGGGGUUCUCACCGUCACUGCGCCCAAAAUGGCCAUCGAAGGUGCCCCGAACGAGCGGAGUGUUCCCAUCGUCCAGACCAACGAGCCGGCUAUGAUCAAAGGCGGAGAGAACCAGACCAAAGAGUGAAAAGGAGGAUUCUGAAUUUCUACCUCUUGGCAUUCUUUUGUUUACCGGGCAUUAUGGACCAUUCAACCUCUUCAUGAUC